AUGGCUUGGCUUAACUGGAAACGUCUCUUUUGGGCUUGUUUCGUUGUGUCUUCGGCCCGUGGUCUCGCGGUGCCGUCCAGCGCACCAUCGACUGCUAAGGCUGUUGAUCCUGCGCUCCUUAGUAUAUCUCUUGAGUUUUUUGCCUUCCCAGCCUACACACAGGUCACUUCGACAUCAGUCUGCAUGAAUCACAUCACGAGCCUUCGAGGACAUCCUCCGGCUGUACGCAUCGGCGGGACCACACAGGACCGUGCGACCUAUGUUGCCAGCCAAUCCGACGCGGUGGACUACAGCGUGGCUUCCUCCGGAGAUGCCCCUACCAGCCUCACUUACGGGCCUUCAUUCUUCACCCUCGCCGCUCAGUUGGCGAACAAGCCUGACGUCACGAUCGGUCUGAACCGACAACUCAACAAUCAAGCGAACUCGCUUCAGGCGGCUCAACAAGCCAAGAGCACGAUUAGUAACUUGUACGCAGUUGAGAUAGGGAACGAACCGGAUCUGUGGUCAGCAAGUUCGCCCAUCGCUACAACCGGUGCAUGGAACCCGACACUCGACGGUCAGAGCGAAGCUUCCUGGCAGAACGCCAUGGCCGGAUCGAUCGGCAACAUUUUCCAAGCCGGCGUUUACAUCUCUGGUGGCUCGUGGAGCAUACCGUCUUUGAUAUCGAAUCUGGGUUCAGCCAUCAGUCACACGAAGACCAUCAGCAGGCACGCGUAUCCACAGAGUGCAUGCAAUGGUGCAAGCACGAACUUGCAGACACUUAUGAGCCAUUCGAAUAUCGCGUCCUUUGCCAAAGGUUACGCUUCUGAAGCGUCAGCUGCUCACGCUCAGUCGAAGAAGUACUUUUUGGGGGAGACGAACUCAGCAACUUGCGGCGGCGGCGGUAUCAGUCCUACCUUUGGAGCUGCUCUGUGGAUCAUUGACUACGUCCUACAAGCGGCGAUUAACGGCGUGGACCGACUUUACUUCCACCAAGGCACUAUCGGAAACUGUCAGUACUGCUUCUGGGGCAGAUACACAACAGGAGCCCCUUUCUACGGAGUAUGGACCGUCUCUCAGUUUCUGGGGGUCGACGGCGCCAGCAUCGCAGCUCUUGAUGAUGGCACUGGCGCGGUAGCAACAUACGUCGUCUUCAACUCUGCCGGCAAGCCCCUUCGCGCAUUGGUAUAUAACUCCGCCUACUACAGCGGCUCCGGCACGCGUUCUAGCGCGAGCGUCACCCUUACCGGUCUUAGCUCUGGAAACAAGUCUGGGCUGCGUCUAACGGCGCCCGCGUCCACCUCGCGUAUUGAUGAGGGCGCGGCAGUCACGAUAGGUGGAGGGCUGACAUUCGACGGCGACUGCAAUACUAUAGGCUCGGCUAACAACGAGACUGUCGGCGUGUCAAGUGGCCAGGCGACAGUGGCUCUCAAAGCCUCCGAGGCUUUCAUCCUUUACCUGUGA